GAUCCCCGGUGCAUCCCCUUCACCAUGGCUACCGCCCCCACCAUCCCCUCUGCUUGCGUGGGACCCCCGGGAGAUGCGGGGGGGGGGUAGGGGGUGUGGUCCGGGCGGGGGUCGCAAUGGCUUUUUAAACCUUCCCGGAGCGGCUGAUGGGGGUCGCGGCUGAUGGGGGUCCCGUCCUGGGGGGGGGUGCGGAGCGGCCCGAUCCCGGCCCCGAUGCCGCCCCACGCGGGACGCGCCCCCGUGGAGCUUCCUCCGCCCCGAGUGCUUCCUGCCCCGAUUCGGAGCCGGGGACGGGGCCGCCCACGGGAGACGCCGCCGCAGAUAUGAACCCCAAAAGCUGCCUCGGCUUCACCAAGUGCUUCCUCUUCCUCUUCAACCUCUUCUUUUUCGCCCUGGGCAGUCUCCUCGUCGCCUUUGGCCUCUGGAUCCUCUUCGACCGGCAGAGCUUUGCCGCUGUGUUGGGGUCGCCGCUGUACAGCCUGCAGGUCUGGUCCUACGCCUUCUCUGGGGUCGGCAUCGUGACGAUGCUGCUGGGCUUCCUGGGGUGCCUGGGUGCCCUCAAGGAGAUCAAGGCCAUGCUGCUGCUGUACUUCGGGAUCCUGCUGCUGCUCUUUGCUGCCCAGAUUACGGUGGGGGUCAUCGUCUACACGCAGCGCAUCACUCUGGCCACCAAGGUGGCCACCUACGUGCAGGAGCUGAUCCAGGGGUACCCGGCCCAGGGUCCACCCAAGGACCCCUACGAGAGCUGGGACGCUGUCCAGCAACAGCUCAGGUGCUGUGGCUGGAACGGACCCCAGGACUGGAACGACCCCGACGGCUCCCCCGGGGACGGGGCCAUCGCCUGCUCCUGCCUCGAGGCACCAGCACCCAACAGCACCCACAAGUCCCGCCUGGCACUGCCGCACGGCCGCUGCCCCACGGCUGCCCCCCAGGACAUCUUCCCCAUGGGCUGCGCUGAGAGCGUCCAGGGCUGGCUGGCCGAAAACCUGGUCACCGUCGUGGGAGUCUGCCUGGGCAUCGGCCUGCUGGAGCUCUGUCUGCUGAUGCUGUCGAUGUUCCUGGUCAGGAACCUGGACCCCGACUACGAGAAACUGCUGCGGGGGCUCUGAGGGGGGGGGGCGGGCCGGGGCGGGGGGGCACACACAUGUAUACACGCACACACGUGUAUACACGCACACACGUGUAUACACGCACACGUGUGUACACGCACACACACACAAAAACCGCGGGGCUCCCGAGUCUCUGUUCUCCCUCGGCUCCCCGACAAUAAAACCAGC